AUGUCAUCCUCUCCCUCUCCUGGUAGAAGGAGUGGACGAGGCGGGAGAGGACGGGGAAGAGGCAGAGGAGGCCGUCGGGGGGGAAGGGGUCGUUCCAACAAUCGGCGAUCUGACAGCAAUCGAAACAGCUCCAACAGCCAGGAUGAAGCCUUGAGUAUGCCAGAGAUGAAAGAUGAGGAGGUCCUGAUCUCCUUUAUGCCUUAUCUGAAGGGUGACAAUACAGAGGCAACGGUGAUCCACGAGCUAUAUCAGAAGAAGAAUGAUCAGAAAUCCUUCGUUUCAGCGGCGAGAGACUUUCUAGCACGUGAAGAGGAACGAAGAAAGACAGGGGUAACACCGCAGCCAUCAUCUAAGCCUGUCGGAAACAACUCUGUUCCAGCAUUGAAUAGAUCACUUCCCCAGAUUCCUUCUGUUCAACCAAUUACCACACAAAAUAGUAUGUCAGGUCCAUGGUCGCAAGUAAGAGGACAAACUGGAAUACCACAGAAGAGCGUGAUGCCUAUGGGUCCCAUUGUCAAUGAUAUGGCGUCACUAGAACAGAACAUGGCCAGUUUGCUAGCAGAUGACGAUGACCCAAUUGUAUCAAUGCCCAAUCGCCAACUGAACCCAACAAAUGAUGGGUCUGUAUUUGGACGUGCAGCCAAUGGUAUGGCUGGCAAUACGAUUACAUCGAUACUCGGCCCUCCACCUGGGUCCCGUCCAAUGAACCAUCCAGGACCACCACCAGGGCAACAGAACUUUGGAUUUGGAAGCCAGAAUGAUCAGCGACCUCUUCCUAUCACCCCUCCGCGGAAUAACAGUGCUUUUCCACCAAGGCCUGCCGCUCCAGGUCUGCCUCUCUCUUCAAUUUUUCCAGCAUCCAAUCCGCCGCCAUCGAACCCCAUCAACUCUCACCUUCCAUUCCUUCAACAACCCAAGCAACAGCUACUGCCUCCUGGACGCCCCAUACAUGCAGACGGCUGGAAUCAGAAAAAUCCCCCAGGCAUGCUAGAAACAAAUUCCCGUCCGCCACCAGACCAAACUCCUGAAAAGACUGGCACCAACGAUGCUAGUACCAUGCAAACACCGCCACCCAAUGCCAAUGCUAAUCCCGACCCUCCCAAAUCUACCAAGAAAGAAUAUCAACCAAGACGCUUGUGGACGCAGCUGGACGACCAACCAGGUAAAAUUCUCGCCAACGAUGUCCCGAAUCAUUUCAUGGGCAAUGUCUUGGACUUACGUCCGCGACAAGAACUGAAAGCGCAAUGGAUGCUACCUCUAGGGUUCCUCCGUAAUCGAGCAACGGAGAAGGACAUGGAAGUCACAUCCCUUCGGGACCUCCUGAAAGGUUUGGCAGUCGGACUCUUCCGUCGCGGGUGUACUGAAAAUGGUUCCCAAGCAUCCAUCGUCUCGAAGGAAGUACUGACACCGGUUGGAGAGUCUCGAUCCGACUACCCAUUCCAAUUGAUUCAAAAUGAUAUGGUUGUCGGAACAGUUCCAUUCUACUCACCAAGAACACCUGGCCAUGUUGUCUUCCGGUUAUACUGGCAAGAUGAGCCAUUGCACACCCUCGCUACCGGUCCGACUCUUAAUGUUCGAGUUCGGGAAAACGACUUUGAAGCUACCAUUCGAUUCAUCCUAUCCAAUUUCAAGGGCAAGAAAGUCAAUCCCACAAGUUUAUCUUCUUUGAAUUCGCUUGCGUUGGUACUAGAACACUUCUCAUUGACACCGCACAUGUCACCUCACAGUGCCCAACAAAAGCUUGAUGGAUCUGGUAGGGCUGUGUGGGGAUGCAUAUGCGAAGCACGGAAAGUGGUAGAUGCCUGUGCAUCCGAAUACCAGAAGACAAUUGUCAAGCUAGAGAAGAUGGAAGAAGGAGUGGAAGAAAUCAAAGCAAUCGUCGAAGCCGAGCAAGAAGAAAAAGAUAAGGCACACGAGCAAAAAGGCGGCGAUGCUCACGCGGGCGAGGCGGACAAAGAACCAGAAGAGCCUUCAGAAAACGAAUUGGAAUUCAAGGAAAAGCUUCGGGCUCUGAUGAGUGGCCGAGCUUCAUGCGAGAGAAAAUGGAGAGACUCGCAAUUGGCGUUCUCAUCCAUACUUAGAGCUAUUGUGACAAACCCAAUGCUUGGUAUGGUUCUUCGUCGCGAACUGAUUACAAAGAUGAAAUUAGAGUACGAACUCUGGUGUCCUCUUUGUGAAGAGUUUGCAGUUCCUGGGGAAACUGAAGGACAAAUGUGGUAUGAACCACUUCGUGAUAUGCCGAACACCGUAACGGCGGAGCACUUUCGUCUUUGCAACGAAGCUAGAUCGAAGAUGCAGCAACGAAUUCUUGGAUUUGAUCCGAAUCCUUCGACCAUGGAGCAAGUCUUGUAUCCGGGUCGUGGAAGAAACCGCCCCAUGGACCCUGGCGCAGUGAACGUUUUCAACCAACUGUCCAGCGCAAUGGGAAAGCUGUACCAAGAUGUAUACCAAACGGCAGAUCGAAUUCUCCGUCAGCGCGAGAUGAUCAGGUCACAAACAGAGAGAUUUGUGGAACUUAGCAAAUGCUUUCCACCUGGUACAAGUGUUGCGGUUUUCGGUUCCUCGGCGAAUGGCUUUGGUUCUCCUAAGUCGGAUCUCGACAUGUGUUUGCAAAUCCCAGAUGGAGCACAAAUUACUUCGGAAGAAGAUCCGACGGGCUCCAUUAUGAUGGCAAAGCUAGCGGAAGUCCUGGAGCAAAACGGAAUGCUAGAAGUUGACACAGCCCGUUUGACGGCCAGAAUAUCGGUGAUUAAAUUUAAUUGUCCCAAGCCACCCGAGACACUUGCGGAAGGAGAAGAACCGUUGAUGGAAUGUGAUUUGUCGAUGCGCAAUCCUUUGGCAGUUUUGAAUACCAGCUUGCUUCGCACCUAUGCCGAGAUCAACCCUGUUCCCCGUGUAUUGGCAGCUGUCAUCAAGCGCUGGGCAAAGGCUCGUGACAUUAACAACCCUGCCCGUCACACCUUGAGUAGUUAUGGAUACAUUCUGAUGUUGCUUCAUUUCUUGACCUUUCAUGAACGAUCCGGAAAUGGGCUUGUCCUCUCGUUGACCAACGGGAAAUCAAAUCCUUCUCCAUCACUGCCGCUGCUUCCAAACCUGCAAUGGAUGGAUGCUUCGUGGCCAGAGCAGCCACCUGGAACACCCUACAAGGAGUAUUCCGAAGUGCCAAAGCGUAAAAUCAAGCAUCCCUUGGAAGAGCGAGCAAGUGUCAACACCUUUUUCUACCGCCCCAAUUCUGCCAUGCUGAACAAUCUACGGCGUAUAUUCCCAGGCCAAGAUCUUUCCCUUGGAAUUCUACUGGCCUCGUUCUUCCGCUAUUAUGCGUUUGAAUUUGAUUACAAGCGCCAUGUUGUGAGCUUGCAUUCCAACGGGAUCCAUGGUGUCGUAGAGCGAGAAGUCAAAGCCGAACUCGAUGGAUGGCGGAACUACAGUGCAGCCUUGACCAUUGAAGAUCCAUUCGAGACCUUUUAUGAUGUUGCCCAUGUCCUUCGGGGUGGUUACUAUCACCGAAUUCGUCGCGAGUUUGCCGUCGCCUAUUCCAAGAUUGCCGACAUUGCUGCCGGAAAGACUACUGGAACCUGGAAUGGCAAGGCUGUGGAUUUGGCCCAAAUGUCGGGGAUGGAACUCAUUGAUUGGAUUUGCGAACCACUUCCAGACAAGGAAGAGGGCUCGACUGACUAG